AUUCUUUAAAAUUGAGGAAAAAAGAAGUUGCCGAAAUUUGCUUCUUCAGAAUAUUCCAGAAAAUCUCAGUUUUGUUGCUGCUCUCUCUCUCUGUAUCUCUCUCUCUUCCUGUGUAAUUCGGUUAUGAAGAAUAACUUUUAAGUGAUUAAUAGGCUUUUGAAUUUUGGAUUUUCGACGCAGCAUCAAUUCUCCAUCGGAAGUUGAAUAGUUGUGUAGAGGUUGAAAGAUGGCUACGUUUGGGGAUAUAGGAGUUGCAGCGGGCUUGAACAUUCUCUUUGCUGUGGCUUUCCUAAUUGCAUUUGCUAUUCUACGCCUUCAGCCGAUUAAUGACGGGGUAUAUUUCCCCAAAUGGUAUCUCUUGGGUGUGAGAAACGGUCCUUCACAGCAAGGCUCAUUUGUGACCAAAUUCGUAAAUUUAGACUGGAGAUCAUAUAUUAGGUUUCUGAAUUGGGUGCCGGAUGCUCUAAGAAUGCCUGAACUGCAACUUAUUGAUCAUGCAGGGCUGGAUUCAGCUGUCUAUUUGCGGAUUUACUUGCUGGGACUUAAGAUAUUUGUCCCAAUUGCUUUACUUUCAUGGGCUAUCCUCGUGCCAAUUAACUGGACAAACAACACUUUGGAAAAUGGUGGUGCAAGUAAGAAGCUAGAGUACAGUAACAUUGACAAACUUUCUAUUUCAAAUGUUCCAUAUGGAUCACCAAGGUUUUGGACUCAUAUAGUGAUGGCCUACGCAUUUAGUUUCUGGACUUGCUAUAGUUUACGGAAUGAAUAUGCAAAAGUUGCGGAAAUGCGUUUACACUUUCUUGCUUCUAAAAAACGCCGUCCUGAUCAGUUCACUGUUCUCGUGAGAAAUGUGCCACCAGAUCAAGAUGAAUCAGUUAGUGAAGCGGUGGAGCAUUUUUUCUUGGUCAACCAUCCAGAUCACUAUCUAACUCAUCAGGUUGUAAUCAAUGCGAAUAAGCUUGCGAAACUGGUACAGGAGAAAAAAAGUAACAAAAAUUGGCUUGACUAUUACCAGUUAAAAUUUGAAAGAAAGAAAUCAAGGCCAAUGACAAAGACUGGCUUUCUUGGCCUUUGGGGAGAGAAAGUGGAUGCUAUUGAUCACCAGAUAGCUGAAAUUGACAGGUUAACUAAGGAAAUAGCUGAAGAGCGGAAGAGGGUAAAAAGUGAUCCUAAGUGCAUCAUGCCAGCAGCAUUUGUUUCCUUUAAAACUAGGUGGGGUGCUGCUGUUUGUGCUCAAACACAACAAUCUAGAAAUCCAACUCUGUGGUUAACAGAUUGGGCUUCGGAACCACGUGAUGUCUACUGGGAUAAUCUUGCUAUCCCCUAUGUUUCACUGACUAUUAGGAAGCUUAUCGUCAGUGUUGCUUUCUUCUUCCUCACAUUUUUCUUCGUGAUUCCUGUGACUUUUGUGCAAUCUCUGGCAAAUAUAGAGGGUAUUGAAAGAAGAGCACCAUUUCUCGAGCCGAUAAUUGAAGUUCCCUUUAUCAAGUCUGUAGUACAAGGAGUUUUACCUGGUAUUGCCUUAAAGAUUUUCCUCCUUGUUCUACCAACAAUACUGAUUAUGAUUGCGAAAUUGGAGGGUUUGCUGUCAAUAUCAGCUAUGGAGAGGAUAUCUGCUUCCCGAUAUUAUAUCUUCAACUUUAUCAACGUCUUCCUUGUGAGUGUAAUUGCUGGAACUGCAUUUGAACAACUUGAUAGUUUUCUUCGACAGUCAGCAAAUGACAUAACUAGAAUAAUUGGUGUGGCGAUCCCUAUGAAAGCAACAUUUUUCAUUACUUACGUGAUGGUGGAUGGAUGGACUGGUGUUGCCGGAGAAAUCUUUAGACUGACACCCCUGAUACUGUUCCACCUAAAAAAUUUCUUCCUGGUGAAGACGGAAAAGGAUAGAGAAGAGGCAAUGGAUCCAGGAAGCAUCGAAUUUCAUAUGGCCGAACCACGGUUACAAUUAUAUUUUCUUCUAGGCCUUGUCUAUGCUGUGGUCACCCCUAUUUUCCUUCCGUUCAUAUUGGUUUUCUUUGUUUUGGCUUAUGUCGUAUUUCGCCAUCAGAUCAUAAAUGUAUACAACCAAAAAUACGAAAGUGCUGCGUCAUUUUGGCCGGAUGUCCACGCACGUAUAAUCUAUUCAUUGGUCUUUUCUCAGAUUAUGCUAAUAGGAUUGAUGAGUACCAAAGGGAAUUCCCAGUUCACGCCAUUCCUCAUCGCUCUUGUAGUGUUGACCAUUUGGUUCCAUUUGUUCUGCAAAGGCCGUUACGAACCUGCUUUUGUUAGAUAUCCUUUGCAGGAGGCAAUGAUGAAAGACACGCUGGAACGUGCAAUAGAGCCGAACCUGGAUCUGAAGAGUUAUCUCCAGAGUGCCUACAUCCAUCCUGUGUUUAAAAACGAAGACGAGGAAAAAGAUGGAGAAGAUGAUGAGAAGAUACAAGAGAGUUUGCUUGUAGCCACGACGAGGUCACGAAGAAAUACACCUGCUCCCAGUAAAUGUAGUGAUGGAUCCUCACCUUUACUCCCAGAGUCUGUUUCUGAAAAUGCAGGCUCUCAACGAUUGUGAUUGUCAAAAACUGUAACUGAAUGAGAAAAAUAGAUAAAUUUUCGUGUUAUAUACAAAUGAUUGGAUGUGAAUACUA